AUGGAAGGCAAAGGUGGUGUGAGUGAAGCAGACACUGGCAAGGCAGGUAUGGGCGGCACGGGUACUAGCCGGGAGGUGUUCGUGGGCACUAGGGCGCCGUGGUUGGUGUUGGCACAUGGUAGGUGUAGGUACAAGAGGGGGAACAGGAGCCUGGGCGUAGGUGCAUGGCAG